CUUCUGUAGCUGCUCUAGCUGGAUUAAAAUAUUCAUGUCAGACCAUUAUACAUAUGAGUCUGUAUAGUGUAUACUACUAAUGAGACCAGGAUAGAGAGAGAGAGAAAUGAUUUUCAAAAGAUAAACAUAGAAAAAGAGAAGCUCUAAUUAAUCGAAGAUAUAAUAUGAUGUGUAUUAUUUAUAGAUCAGAUCACAUCCUUCUUCUUCUUCUUCUUUCUUGAUCUUUUUGGUUAUUAUGAGCUUCUUCUUCUUCUUCUCUUUCUCUUCUCAAACUCAUUAGAACAACAAUUAAAACAGAAACUUUUACUAUAGACCACAAUAACAAAUCUGGGUUUUUGUUGUUGUUCUCUUUAUGCAGAGAAGGGUUUCAAACAGGAUCUGUGGCUUGAGUAGGUUAAUUACGCGACAAGAAACAAAGGUUUAUAAAUUUAAAAAAUGGAGAAGGAAAACCAAAAGCCGCAUCGAGUUUCACGUAAAGACCAGAGUGGAUCCCACUGGAGUCAAGGAGCCGAUGAAGAGCCAAGAGCCAGAUGCUCCGGGAAAAGGUGCCGGUCUUGGGCGGCGGCGGCGAUCGCUGACUGCGUGGCGCUCUGUUGUUGUCCCUGCGCCGUCGUGAACCUCUUUACUCUCGCCUUUGUGAAGGUCCCGUGGAUGAUAGGCCGGAAAUGUAUCGGCCGUGGUGGCCGGAGUAAGAAGCGAAGGAAGAAAAUCAACCGUGAGGAUCGUUUUCAUCACCACCACCAGCACCGGAGGUCGGCCGAGAUGGCGAGCGGUGGAUGUUGCGGCGGCGGGGAUGGGGAGUUCGAUGACCACCGGUUUGUGGUGGAAAGAGAUGGGAGUUUGACAAAAGAGGAAGAGAAAACGGCGUCGUUAAAAGGAGAGGAAGAGACGAGAAUAAGUGCGAGAGUGGAAGCAGAGAGAGUUUGGUUGGAGUUGUAUCAGAUUGGACAUCUUGGCUUUGGUAGAGUCUCCUUCACAGGAAUUCAUCAGUGAUAAUAAUAGAUACUUAUAAUUAUUAGGCGCAUAAUUUUUCCGAAGCUAAAUAGUAUAUGUUUUGUGAAA